AUGGCAAGUGCAUUGGAAACACUAUGUGGGCAAGCAUUUGGAGCCAAAAAACUACACAUGCUAGGCAUCUACAUGCAAAGAUCAUGGAUAGUUCUCUUCCUUUGUUGCUUCCUCCUCCUCCCUUUCUACAUCUUCGCAACUCCGUUACUCAAACUAGCAGGCCAGCCAGACGACAUAGCUGAAUUAACAGGCCUAGUCGCAGCAUGGCUAAUCCCUCUACACUUCAGCUUUGCUUUCGCGUUCCCGGUGCAACGCUUCCUACAAAGCCAACUUAAGACGGCUAUCAUUGCUUGGGUUUCGCUUGCAGCAUUCUUUGUUCAUGUAUUCAUGAGUUGGCUCCUUGUAUAUGUCUUUAAUAUGGGAAUUAUUGGCCUUUGUGUAACCCUCAAUGUCUCUUGGUGGAUCCUUUUCUUUGGCGAAAUGGCGUAUGUUGCUUGGGGUGGUUGUCCUGAGACGUGGAGUGGAUUUUCUUGGCAAGCUUUCGUAGGUCUUUGGGAGUUCGUUAAGCUCUCUGCUGCCUCCGGUGUCAUGCUUUGCUUGGAGAAUUGGUACUACAGAAUACUGGUUUUGAUGGUAGGUGGCUUAGAAAAUGCUGCGAUUGCCGUUGAUGCCUUAUCAGUUUGCAUGACAAUUAAUGGUUGGGAGAUGAUGAUUCCUCUGGCUUUCUUCGCCGCAACCGGAGUAAGAGUGGCUAAUGAACUAGGAGCAGGCAACGGCAAAGCAGCAAAAUUCGCAACAAAAGUGUCAGUGGCAACCUCCACAAUUAUCGGACUAUUCUUUUGCGUACUAAUCAUGGCACUCCAUGAUAGGUUUGCCAUCAUAUUCUCAGACAGUGUUCCUGUUCUUGAAGAGGUUGAUAGACUUUCAUGGCUUUUGGCUGUUACCAUUCUUCUAAACAGCGUUCAGCCUGUCCUUUCAGGGUUACUCAGUAGAAUUUAUGGUUAUAAUGGACCUCUUCGAGAUGGCUAUUACCAUUCUUCUGAAAUGCGAGUACUCGUAUAA